AUGUCAAUCGACAUCAAUUGGUCACUGCUCAACUCAUCCGAACCGACCCAAGAUAAAGAUCAAGGUAUAGGUCCAUCCACAUCCAACAACUCCUUUUCCUCGACCAAUUUAGAUAAUACCAACAAUGAUGAUUCAGAUGUAGUCGUAGAAGAUGCACUAUCAUCAUCAUUGAUCCAACUGCUCAACGAACAACUAUCGACAUCCAAACGACCUUCAUUUAUAGGUCCUAUCACCGUCACGUCAUUCUCCUUUGGUGAUCUAGGUCCUGAAUUGGAGAUCAAGGAUAUCCGCGAUGUGUGGCGAGUGUUUGAUCAAGGUGAUGAAGAGGGCGAUGAGUUGUUAGCUGAACAGGAGGAAGAAGAGAGAUUGAGAAUGUUAGAAAAAGAGGAAAGGGAGAGGAUGGAAAGGAGAGGUGUGAUUAGUGGGUUGGAGGAUGAGAGGUACGAAUAUGUCAAUUUGGAUAAUUACAUUGAUCAGGAAGAUAUGACAAGUAAGAGGCAUAUGAGAGAUGGAAGUAGGAAUAGGAACAGGAAUAGGAGUCAUGGCCAUGGGUAUUCUCAAUCGUAUGGUAAAUCUCAUUCUCAGUACGCUGGAACAACACCUAUACCACGAUCGAUAUCCAAUCCACAUACUCUGUCAAUAGCAGAUCAUCAAUCCACCUCUCAAUCUCAUUCUGGUAAAUCAUAUAUCCCAUUCCCAUUCGAUCCCAACUCAUCUACGUUGAACAAUUACCACCACCAACAUCCGAAUCAAAUAGGGAUCACACCUUCCACAUCUUCAUUAUCGAUGUCAAUGUUCUCACCUGGAUUAGGUCGUCGUCCAGCGUCUAUAGCGGGGAGCAUCAGUGGUCAUCGACCUCCAUCUGUCGUUGGAAUCGGAAUCGGUGUAUCAUCCUUGUUACCUCCAGCAUCAGCUAUCCACUCAAUACAUCCACAUCCACAUCAAGAUCAACUCCCACCACCCCCUGCAGCACCAUUAACUCGCGAUCAUUCUUAUUCCCUUCCACCCUCUCCUCCGGCUUUACCACCCAAGGGACUCCCCGCACCAUCUUCAUCCAACAACGUACCCUCUGCUCAGAUCCACUUCAAUCUCAAACAUAAAUCCAACCUCAAUCUCGUUCUCCUAACUUCCCUACAAGUCAAUUACCCAUCAAAUUUAUUCAUGUCAUUACCACUCAAGAUUUCUAUAACGGGAUUUACAUUACAGAGUGAUCUUGUGGUUGCGUAUUCAAGUGAGAAAAAUAGAUUACACCUUACUGUCUUGCCUCCACAGGAUGAUCAGAACCCUAAUAAUACCAAUCAAGAUUAUGGAUAUCCGUAUGGAUAUGGGUAUAACAAGCGGAAUAGCAUGUAUAGCAAUCAAAGUAUAGGAGAGAAGAUCAUACCUUCUUUACAGAUCGAAUCGGAAAUAGGACAUUCCGACGCCCACGUCUUAAGGAAUGUAGGUAAAGUGGAGAAAUUCAUUGUGGAUGUCAUUAGGAAAACGGUAGUGGAUGAAUUGGUUUUUCCAAAUUUCCACACGAUAGCUUUGUAA